UCACAUCUGUUUCUUUCCCCUUCUUCCCGUGGACUAUUGUCCGCUGCACUUUUCAACUCUGAUCCAACAUGAAACUUGCUCUGACUUCAACUUUCCGGCCACUGGUGCCGCCAAAAUUGUCCCCUUUUGACCAAAAUCUUGCUUCAUCCAAUAUGAUUUUCCGGCCAAGUGUUACAUUAACUCCAAGAAUGAGGGAGACUGUGAUCAUGAUGGCCCAGAAAAAGAAGCCAAAGAUUGAAGGUGUCAGUGAUGAGCUGAACUCAAUUGCUUCCCAGAACCUGGAUUUUGCUCCUGCUCGACGAAGGGUCAGAUUGGCUUUCAGUAAUGUUCAGCAGCAGCUUGAUCAUGUCUUGUUUAAGAUGGCUCCAAGUGGGAUCAGAACAGAUGAGGUAAGUAAUCAUGCUGCUUUGAGAACAGAACAUGUAUUGCAUAGAAAUUGGUAUGAAAUAAAUUCAAAGGGCCAAGAAAUUUUCUGUAAAAGUUGGUUGCCAAAGCCUGGUGUACGAAUUAAAGGUGCUUUAUGUUUUUGCCAUGGAUAUGGGGAUACUUGCACUUUUUUCUUUGAAGGUAUAGCUAAGUACAUUGCUGCUUCUGGCUAUGGUGUUUAUGCGAUUGACCACCCAGGUUUUGGUCUAUCUGAAGGAUUGCAUGGUUAUGUCCCAAGCUUUGAUGGCAUAGUGAAUAAUGCACUCGAGUUAUACAAUAUAAUCAAAGGAAGGCCAGAGAUAGUAGGGCUUCCACGCUUUGUAUUUGGUCAGUCGAUGGGGGGAGCAAUUGCCCUAAAAGCUCUGCUGAAGGAUCCAAAUGAAUGGGAUGGCAUAAUUCUUGUAGCGCCAAUGUGUAAGAUUGCAGAGGAAAUGACUCCUCCAGUUCCCCUUCAGAAAAUCUUGAUUCUUUUAUCUAGGGUUAUGCCAACAGCAAAGCUUGUUCCCCAGAAAGAUUUAGCAGAGCUAGCAUUCAGAGAGAUGAAGAAGAGAAAAAUGGCUGACUACAAUGUAAUUUGCUACUCUGAUCAAACACGAUUAAAGACUGCUGUCGAGCUUCUGAACGCAACAAGAUAUAUAGAGUCACAAGUAGAUAAGGUUGCAUCUCCAAUGCUGAUUCUUCAUGGUGCUGCUGAUAAAGUAACCGAUCCUCAAGUUAGCAAAUUUCUAUAUGAGAGGGCAUCUAGCAAGGACAAAACUCUGAAGCUCUAUGAAGGUGCAUAUCACUCCAUUCUGGAAGGGGAACCUGAUGAUAGAAUUUUAGAAGUACUCAGUGACAUAAUAUCCUGGCUUGAUUCUCGAUGCUCCAUGAAGAACUAGUUUAAUCCUUUUCUUCAGCAUUGAAUUAUUCAAGCUGUUCUAUUUGUUUCGCUGUCAUCCUGCAGCCAUCAGUUUCAUUCUUUCCUAAGUCACAGCUUGCGACUGUUCUGCAACCAGGAGAAAGAGAUCAUUUGUUUCCUCGGUAACAAAGUAUUCAAUGCCCAACAGCUAUGUAGUUUAGGAAAAUGAAAGUUGAUGCUACAAACUUCGGAGAAAAGAAACAAGAUUCUUCAUCACAAGAUAUAAAGCAGUAGCAUUCAGAAACAAUAAGUUCUGGGAUAUAGCUUUCCGUAAAGGAGGGGUUGCAUCAGUUUGAUUAAAAAGAAUGCCUCUGAUCAAGAACAAUGAUUUUACAUCAGCAGCCAACUUAUGAGGACCUAUGAGGAUGAAUGAUUGAGAAUAUGAAAACAGACAGCUUUGUAGCUCUAUUGUUCUGGCUUUUUUAUGUGAAUUUUAGUAUUUCUUAGCUAAAUUUGAGGGGGAUAUUAGAUGAUGGGUUUACAUGCACAAAGUCAGGCCUUCUCCUGUAACUCUGUGAAAGUGGUGUAUCAGACUUGUGCUUUUCCAUGGAGAUAAGAUUAAUAAAUCAUCUCAGUUCCCCUUA